CAGUCAGAGCUCAGGACAGGUGGGACGGCAGGCCACCCUCAUCCACUGCGCAGCACGCUAACCAGCUCGCUGUAAAAGCUUGACUACAGAAAACAGGAGAGAGAGAGAGAGAGAGGGAGAAAAAAACAAACCCCAAGACAUAAUCACUAGUGGGGGUAAAUCCUCUGUUUUACCUGACUGAUAGACGUUAACUUCAGAAAAACUGGACUCAGACAAAGUGGGACAGAAGUUUGUGGAAAAAUACUUGAAGUGAUCGAUUUGGAAUGUAACCCGUGGUGGGCUUGGCAGUUAAGGCUCCCGGUUACUGAUUGGAAGGUCGGAGGUUCAAGCCCCAGCACUGCCAAGCUGCCAUUGUUGGGCCCUUGGGCAAGGCCCUUAACCCUCUCUGCUCCAAGGGCGCUGUAUCAUGGCUGACCCUGCGCUCCGACCCCAGAUUCCUGACAUGCUGGGGAUGCAGGAUGGGAGCUGGAAUGACACACUCCCCCACUCAGUGCUUCUAAAGGAAGCGUGUCCUCCAGGGGGUGUGUCUCAGGAUGGGGAUAGGGGCAUGUUUUUGGAGGCAUCCUCAGAUGGCAAAGUUUACCUGGCGGAGUUCGAGGGAGGAGAUGGGGACUUUCUGGAACUCUCUGCCUUCCUAAGUCAGGAUGAGAUUAACCGCAGUCUGGACCUGGCUUGGGAAGCUAUGAGUGAUGCAGGUGAUCCCUGUGGUGUCUCUGAUAUGCCACUUCCUGACUCUUUACCCAAAGAAUUUGAGCCAGCACCACACUCCCCACCCUCUCCCGUAAACUCCACCCCUCAGCAUUUAACCGCAACAGAGAAUCAACCUCUUCAUUUGCAAACCAAAGGCACCACACUACAGAAUACCGCUACAAUGGCAUCCUCAAAUCCAGCAGAAGCUACACCUGUCAAGGUUACGUCCAGUCAGAGCGUUCAGCUCAACAGACCCACUCAGGCCCGUACAGGCUCUGAACCCCCAGCAAACCACAAGUCUAGCAUGCCUGUGUACAAGCAGGAGCGUCCUCGGUUGGUCCAUGGAGGUCUGGAGGUCAAUGAGCGAGCUGCUUCUACCACUGAGUUCUGCAGCCGAGCUGCCACCUUCAUUGAGGAGCUCUCCUCUAUUUUUAAAGGGUCUAGCCGCUUUGAUCACCAGGAAGAUGAUGACUCCUCCUCACCUGACAGUGGCUAUCUGUCCCCAAAGAGCCAUAAACUGGCAAUGCAGCAGGCUCAGUCCUCUUCAUCAUCUGCAUCCUUUUCUCCAGGGGUGCAGCAAGGAGCUGCUCUUGAAGGCAAGCCAGAGAUGGAGUCGGAAAUAGAUGGGAAUGAGCAUCAGGUUGGUGAGAUCAGUAUGGAUGGGUCAAUGGCUCCUCCUCGGUUCACCCAAAAGCUGAAGAGCCAAGAGGUAGCAGAGGGGAGUCCCAUUACUCUAGAAUGCAGGGUGAUAGGGAACCCCCAGCCAUUGGUCAGGUGGUUCUGUGAGGGGCGGGAGCUGCACCACUGUCCUGAUAUUCAGAUCUGGCAGGAUGAUGACCUGCACACGCUGGUGAUUGCCGAGGCUUUUGAGGACGACACGGGCAGGUACACCUGCGUAGCCUCCAACGCUUUGGGAGCAGACAACACCUCUGCCGAGGUCUACAUUGAGGGAGCUUCAUCUUCAGACUCAGAGGGGGAAGGAUCCGUGUCCAAAUCUAAGUCAGGAGCCAUGCCACAGGCUCAGAAGAAAACAGCGUCAGUGUCCUUGACCAUUCGCACGUCUUCACCAAAAAGCCCUGAUAAACCAUCCCUCCGCUCCACACUGCUCCAGCCACUGUCACAGAGAGUUCAGAGUCCUGUCUCUUCACAGUAUGCUGCUGAUGGACUUCUCUCAGCUCCCCCUACCUUCACCAAGUUGUUGCAGGAUGCUCAGGCAUGUGAGGGGCAGUUGGUGGUUCUGGAAUGCAGGGUGAAAGGAAGCCCGCCGCUCCAGGUUCGGUGGUUCCGGCAAGGUCAUGAGAUCCAGGACUCUCCUGAUUUCCGCAUCCUUCAAAAAAAACCGAGAUCUACAGCAGAGCCUGAGGAGAUUUGCACUCUGGUGAUAGCAGAAGUUUUCCCUGAAGACGGAGGCCUGUUCUGCUGCAGUGCUACAAACCAAUACGGCUCCAUCAGCUGCAGCGCCCAGCUCACCAUCAUGCCAGGGUCUGAGGAGUCGUCCAGAAAUGGCGUACCCAGAGACGAAAGCAUCUUCGAGGACAAUCGAUCGUUCCCGCCCCCUCCCCCACCCACUGAAAUCAGCCUCCUGGAGCUCCCACCCAAAACUCCGCCCAGUGCUGAGGCCUUCCAAAUAAACGAGCUAGACAUUUGGCCUAGUGUCCAGGCUGCCGUAGAUGUUGAGCAACAAUCAAACAGAGCUUUUUCCAGCAGCAAUACCCCAAGUCCCCAAUCAGCAGUGAGUAUGAAGGAGAUUCCAACCCCUCUUGGAGAAGCUGCACUUCCUCCAUCACCAUCUCCAGCUAGAGAGGGACCCCCUGUUCCCAUCAAGCCCAAACCCAGACUAUUGAACAAUGUAGCCGAUGACGACUCAAAAGAAAGGAACGCAGAACAACUGAAGCAGCUCCACGAUCAGGUCCUACUAGAGCAGCAGGAAGCUGUUAAGUGGCAGCAAUUCGAGCAGCAACAGCCUGAGCAAAAAGCCCCUCCCCUUCCUCAGCAGCAGCCACCCCAGGACGUCCCGCCUCUAUCUCCGCCCCUUCCCCCUCCUCCCUCCUUCCAGGAGCUGGAGUGCAGCACCAUGCAGACGAGCACGUUCAACUAUGCUCGGCCAAAGCAGUUCAUCGCUGCCCAAUCUCCCAGCAGCCCCAGCGGUGGCUCGGUGAGCUACUCCACCCAGUCCUCCACCUCCUCAGGCUCCAGCCUGGUAUCGCCGCUCUCGCCCUCCGCUACCCACAAGCCAUUUGGCCGUGUCAUCCUGCCGCCUUUCCAGCCGUUGCCUAAAGGAGGCAGCAUGGAGUCACCAGGCUCGCCUUCGUUCCCUCCUCCUCCUCCACCCUUCCUCAGCUCCAGCACGGUCACUUCUCCUUGUGGUCCACCGCAGGACUUUCCCCCACCACCACCUCCACCGCCGCCUCCUGUCACCCCAAGUCCCACCCGCUCUGACAGCUCAUCCCCUUUCACAUCUAAGCCCCAAUCACCUGCUGGGUUUUUGGUGUCAGUGCUGCCGGCCACACCCUCUGCACCACCUGUCAAUGCGCUGGGGCUGCCCAAAGGAAACGGCACAGUCGGGUUCCUGCGUAAGAACACCCGCACGCCACGGCUCGUGAGCGACUCCGAGAUCCAGGACUCGAAAGAUGCCGUCAUUCAGGACCUGGAGAGGAAGCUGCGCUUUAAAGAGGAACGCGUCAGCAACGGCCAGCAGAGGUUAACCUAUGAAGAGAAGAUGGCUCGCAGGCUUCUGGGGGCUGACAACGCAGCCACAGUGUUUAGCACUCAGCAAACCGAGGAGGAGCCCGUUACACAGGAAAGCAGUUCAGCCGAUUCAGAAUUUGUCCCUCAAAAGGAGUACAAGGUGUCGAGCUUCGAGCAGCGGCUGAUCAGCGAGAUCGAGUUUCGGCUGGAGCGCUCCCCAGUGGAGGAGAGUGACGAUGACGUCCAGCACGACGACGACCUGCCGGGAGACUGCGUGGCACCGUACUUUGAACACAAACUCAAACACUUCAAAGUGUUCGAGGGCAUGUCGGUCACCUUCAGCUGCAAGGUUAUCGCAGACCCUAAGCCAAAGGUGUACUGGUUCAAAGAUGGAAAACAGAUCUCAAAACGGAGCGACCACUACCGCAUCAGUCGAGAUCCAGAUGGGACGUGCACUCUGCACACAGCCUCCGCCUCUCUGGAUGACGAUGGCAACUACACUGUCAUGGCGGGCAAUCCUGGGGGCAGGGUGAGCUGCACCGGCAGGAUGAUGGUGCAAGCAGUGAACCAGAGGGGGCGGAGCCAGCGCGCUACACCUGGCCACAUCCGCAGACCUCGCUCCAGAUCCAGGGAUGGUGGCGAGGAGAAUGAGAACAUUCAGGAACGUCACUUCCGCCCCCAUUUCCUGCAGGCCCCAGGUGAUCUGAUCGUGCAGGAGGGGAGACUCUGUCGCAUGGACUGUAAGGUAAGUGGGUUACCCACGCCCGAUCUGAUCUGGCAGCUGAAUGGCCACACCAUCCGUCCAGAUUCCUCCCAUAAAAUGCUGGUGAGAGAGAAUGGAGUCCAUUCGCUGGUAAUCGAGCCUGUCACUAGCAGAGAUGCUGGAGUUUACACAUGCAUUGCCAGCAACAGGGCCGGAGAGAAUUCCUUCAACCUGGAGCUGAUUGUAGCUGCUAAAGAGAUGCACAAAGCUCCUUCCUUCAUUGACAAGCUCCAGAACACAAGUGUUGCCGAGGGUUACCCUGUGCGCUUGGAAUGCCGUGUGUCCGGAGUCCCGUUCCCGCAGAUUUUCUGGAAGAAAGAGAACGAGUCCAUCACUCACAACACAGACAGAAUCAGCAUGCACCAGGACAACUUUGGCUAUCUGUGCAUGAUUAUUCAGCCAGCAUUGAAGGAGGAUGCAGGCUGGUACACGGUAUCCGCCAAAAACGAAGCGGGCAUUGUCUCUACCACAGCACGACUCGAUGUUCACUAUCAAUAUCAGCAGACACACACCCCAAAGCCCAAGAAGGUGCGGCCUUCGACCAGUCGCUACGCCGCACUGACCGAGCGCGGUCUGGACGUGAAGGCAGCUUUCUUCCCAGACUCCAGCCCCCUUCCCCCUGGAACCCUGGUGGAGAGUGAUGAUCUGUAGAUGCUUGCAUAGGCCUGACACUAUAAACCCUGACUCUAUGACCCUGGUGCCACUGUCCCAGAAACAGACACCAUCAUGGCCAUACCAGGGGAACCUUAUCCUGUCGACUGUUCUCAGCUGUUUGAAGCUGAGCCGAAGAAAAAUGUAAAAAGAAAAAAAAAAUUCAUGUUUUUCACAGAGAGAUUCCAGUUCACUACAAAUUUGGAAGAAUUGAUUUUGGUCCAUGUGAGAAGAUGGAAAGUAAGGAAGUGUGAUAGGUGCUGAAGUGAGGUCAUAUCAAGUUUCUUUCAGACUGCACACACACACACACACACACACACACACACACACACACACACACACACAAAUUCUCAUGAAGCUUAUUUGAGGGAGGGAGGUACUAUACCAAUGAUCACCUUUUCUGCCAUAACUACAUAGUGCCUGAGUGAUGAUUAACCAAUUCGUUUGAAAUAAAGACGUAGCAUCUGGUUCUGCAUGUGUUGUUAUGGUGCCAGUGUGUAGUACAUAAUAGUCAGUGCCUUAGUCUCUAUUUGAGUUGCUGGAGAUGGGUUUAUUUUGUAGCAGAAAGACUUCUGGGUAAUGGGAUGGUGUUUCUAGAGAACUCUGAGCACAUUCAGAGUCUAAUAGUUAGGUUUCUAUUAGUGGCGUUCCCUAUUUGUAGCGAUCUUCUUUGUAUGUGAACCACAGCAGUCUGGGUGUAGAUCGCACUACUACAGAUAUCCACCAAGUCUGGACGCCAUAGAUCUUACACAAGGCCGGGCCUUAUUAUUAUUAUUAUUAUUAUUAUUAUUAUUAUUAUUAUUAUUAUUGUCUUUCUCUAUCUUGUGUUUGGGCAUAGGGAAGUUGCUACAGGUGCUGAACUGGGUUAUAAGGUUUAAUGAUUUACAGAAUAACAUCCUUGCGCUGUUUUUUCGUAGACAAGAGUGACAGGCAGGUGGAGGUAUCCUAGGAGCGAGGGCAGUUUGGUGCAGGAAUACUAGCUGAGGAGAAUCGGACGUGAAUUGGCUGUGGAGAGAUUACACUGUCACUUUAAAUGGAGAGUGAAUGUGCAGUCAGGAAAUAAUAAAAAAAAAAAUUAAAUUAAAAAAAAGAACAUUUACAUUAUAGAAAUUAGUGACACCGGUGAUACUGAUGCAGUGGAUAUUAUAACGCUAAAGAUAUUUUCCGCUCAUACAAACACACAUGCGCAAGUUAUAGCAGCGGCAGAAGCGUAUUCACCACUUACACACAACUGUGUUCUUUUUCAUAUGAGGAAGAGGGAAAACCGUGAAGUGGAGUAUUUAUAGCCAGAUGCAGACAUUAAAUUAUAUUAGUUAUUUUCUCAUGGCUUUAUGCCCAGUCUUUAUUUAUCGAUAUAUUUACCACCAUUUGAAUUAUUUACAUUUAUCUUUUUUUCCUUCGUAUUAAUAUAAAUAAAUAUAUAUAUAUACACACACAUAUUCAACUCUGGUACUUGUAUUACGUUACAACAUCUUAGUCAACUAGAGUCAAGGGUAGCUGGAUUGCACAAAUGUAAAGCUUGCAAAGAUAUAGCUAGACAUAUGACUUUUUCAUAUGUACUCACUCAACUCCUUUCAAGUUCUUUUUUUUUUCUCGUUUUUUUUUUUUCCUUUUCUUUUGAUCUUCUUUCUGUCUCAACACAAUACAUACAUAAGGACUGAUGAAAGAUUUUAUUGUUUUAGUUCCAAGCUGACAUGCCUGUAUAUGAAAUGAUGUUCUGACUGUUUUGGUUUAUGAACAAUAUAAAUAAAUAAAUAAAAAAUCUCUGGAAAUACUA